AUGCAGUGUCAACUAUGGAUGGGCAGCUUAGAGCCCAAUAUGACAGAAAGUUUUAUUAUGGCUGCUUUUCAUCGAAUGGGACAAAGGCCAUUAGCUGUAAAAGUAAUGAGAAACAAAUUUACUGGUGAACCUGCUGGGUAUGCAUUUGUGCACUUUCAGACUGAUGAAGAAGCCAUAGAUGCCAUGCAUAAGCUUAAUGGGAAACCUAUCCCAGGUACAUUCCCUGUUGUGCGGUUUAGAUUAAAUACAGCAUCAAGAGAAGCUCGAGCCAACAUGCAACAAGAGCGAGAAUUUUCUGUGUGGGUUGGAGAUUUAAGUCCUGAAGUAGAUGACUAUUCAUUAUAUAGAGUUUUUGCCGCUAAGUACUCCUCUAUUAAGACAGCUAAAGUGAUUUUAGACAGCUCGGGAUAUACAAAAGGGUAUGGCUUUGUUAGGUUCGGCAAUGAAGAAGAGCAACGAAAUGCUUUGUAUGCAAUGAAUGGUUACACUGGGUUGGGCACCAAGCCGCUCAAAAUAUGUACAGCUGUCCCUAAGCCUAAAGGUGUAGCAACAACUCAGAAUGCUACUACUGCAACAACAACAAAUACAACAUACAGCAGUGGUGCAGAGUACAACCAAUAUUACGAUCCGUCGGCCUACUGGCAAAACUAUUCGGCGUGGUCUGGUUACUAUGGGCAGGGAGAGCAGAAUACCGCCGUAGCUCCGCCGGCCCCCGUGGCGGAUACUGCACAGGCCGCUGCUGUUAAAGCACAAAACGAUGACCUAGCUUUAGUUGACCACAAGAAAACCAUAGAUAUUGAAGAAAUGAACCAAGAUUUUGUAGAUCCAGAAAUAAGUUUAUGGGAUGGUCUUGAAGCAUCACAAUGGUUCCCAAAUGAAGUGAUUGAAGCACAU